UGCUGUAGUUGCAGAUAUGUCGCUUACAGUACGGUAAAGGUUAGUCCAGCUGCUUCUGAAUAUUUGUCCAUUUCUGUUUCAUGUGUUUUUUAAUUAAAUUUGACAAAGAAUACAUGUAGCACGUGCAUGCGUGUGCUUUAAAAAUAUACAAUAAACUGAUAUUGUGACUCAUGAAUUCCUGUGUUUUAACAGUGUCAAUGUUUUUUUUCUGAUGAUUACGUCAUCGUGUUUCUAACAUUUUUGAGGAAAAAAACAUUUUGCAGUGGGCCUAGGCUUGUAAUAUAAACACUAAUAUACAUUAUAGUAAUUUUACUGUAAAUCUGAGCUGACAGGUGAAUUUAAUUCAAUUCAUUUAAUGUAUUUUUUAUAUUCUGGUUAUUUCUCCAUUAAAUGAAGUAUCCAGCAGCCAUACUUUGUGACAUGGUCAACAAAUGCUACACAUUCUAGUGAACUGUUUUUCCUUCCCAACAGAGUUGCCUUUGAUAAAUAAUCUUUUUUAAUGUAAAUACUUUAUACAAAUAAAGGACAGUAUUGCUUCUCUGGUUGAUUGACACUAGCACAGAUGCCACAUCAAAUGAGACACUUUUACCUUUUGACAGGCCUCGUAACCUUUAGAUCGUAAUUUCUGUUUUACCAUUUAAAGUUAUUAAAAUCGAACUGGAACUGAACACAUAAGAAAUGCUCUUUAAUAAUUUACAAUUAAAUGAUACACUGUAUCUGAAAUAGUGUUUUAUUACUUUGUAAAUCAACAGGUGAUGUGUAUCACAGAUUAUUAAAUAUGAAAGUACAUAAUUUAAAUAUUUUAAAAAGCAAUAUUGGAUUUAGAUAUUAAAGUUGUUCUUCUUAUAAUCAUUCAGCAGACAUUCUCUUAUCCAAAACAACAAUUUACAGUAAAGUGUUUGCCAAAACACACUCCGAAUCACUUUAUUUCUGAAGGUUGAACCAACAAUCUUUGGCCUCAACCUUUAAAACCACUAAAGCACUUUUGAUUGGACAGGUAUCACCUAAAAUCCAGGUAUACCACAAUAUAACACUAUACAGCAAUCAAUUACGGGGAUAUCUAAUAAAACGCAGCUUGUUUUUAUUUAUCAGCCAUGGAAGAUGACGUACAACAAGAAUUUCUUGCGGAGUUCAAAGAAAAGCGACUGGGUGGCUGGCAAAUCUUGCAGCUUACUGCGGGUACGGGUUUGGCCGUCUACGCCGUUUGGGCUGGAGUUAUAAUGCCUGGCUUUCGCAGGGUGCCACUAAAAUUACAGGUUCCCUAUAUGCCGGCUAGCAGAUCUCAAGUAUGUAACGUUAUGACUCUCCUGAAGGGCAGAUCUGGAGGCAUCGCUGACCUGGGGUCAGGUGAUGGCAGGAUUGUAUUAGAGGCGUGUCGUCGGGGCUUCUCUCCAGCAGUUGGCUACGAGCUCAACCCCUGGCUUGUUCGCCUUUCCUGUUUUCAUGCUUGGAGAGCUGGAUUUCACAGAAGUGUGUCAUAUCGCCGAGAAGACCUGUGGAAGGUCGAUCUUUCAACCUAUAAGAAUAUCACAGUAUUUCUGGCCCCUAGUGUUCUAAGCCUCUUACAAAAGAAAUUACUGUCCGAGCUUCCUGAAGAUGCCUUGAUUGUAGCGGGACGUUUCCCGUUCCGUGAAUGGACGGCGUGUAAGGUGGAGGGAGAGGGUGUGGAUAGAGCGUGGGCCUAUCACGUACGAGAACUGAGAGAGCGAUGUCAAUCAAAGAGUGAAGAUCUGUCUAACCAAACCAGAUAAUCCUUUUAUAAUCAGACUUCUUAUUUUAACUUCAUUUUAGAUUGUGUGAUGUUUGUACUGAAUAGUCAAAUUGUUGUAUAGAAUAUUUUUAAAGGAACGUAUCUUAUAAUAUAACAUAAAAAAGGAGAUAUACAUCUUAAAAAGUUGUAUUUACUCUCCCCGAAGUUACAGAACACUGAACUUGACAAAAACAAAGCUGGUGUCUUUGUGGGUUCCUUAUAGUGUGUAAGGCUGUGGAUAACUUCCUGUUUCUUAAUGUGGGCGAUAAAGUUUUGUGUGUGUAUUUAAGGAUCUUAAGUAUUUAUCUUUCACAGACAAAAGUAAUAAAUUAUAUUUAUUGUAUUGUACAAUUGUAUUGUUUUUG